UUUGUCAUGUUACUAAUGUUGUAGUAUAAACAUCUAUGAAUUUAAUGUUUUGUCUAGUGUGGUGAAGAAAUGAACCAUACUUCAAAAUAUGAUGUUCUAUUUCUGUCUAAAGUCCUAGUUUCAGUUGCAUAAUUGAUUUGUUUGUUAUAUUAUGUGGUUGCUUUGGGAAUUUACAUUUAGGGAGUUUUCUCUUUAACAGUGGGCUAAUGUUGUUGUUUCUCUUACUUCAAGUUUGUUGAGUUUAUUUGGGGCUGCUGCUAUGUCUCUGAAACCCAAGAGAGUAAAUUUCAAUGAAACUUGGAGUGUUAUUCAAGCAACAAUUCAAGAUGUAAUUACACUUAGGCAUGUACCAAGGUCUGCUUGGAAUGAUCGUUUCAGUGAUGUUUACUCUCUCUGUGUGGCAUAUCCAGAGCCAUUAGCAGAUAGACUUUAUAAAGAGACGAAGCAGUUUCUUCAUGAUCAUGUAUCAAAACUGUUGGUUAAAGUUCAGAAAAGUAGUGAAGAAGAAUUGUUACCCUGCUACCGUAAUACUUGGAUUGAAUAUAGCAUAGGAGUCAAAUACCUGCAGUGUUUGUUUCUGUAUUUGAAUGUGCAGCACAUACAGAAACAGAAACUAUCUGAUGCAGAGAUUAUCUAUGGUAAUUUGUUGCAAGAUGAACCAGAACAGAUGGAGAUUGGUGAACUGGGUUUGGAUAUGUGGAAACAAAAUAUGAUCACACCUUUGAAAGAUAUUUUGGUACAUUUGUUACUUAAUGGUAUCAUCAAUUUCCAAAUGGGUGAUGACAACAACAUUAAGCAUGUUUAUCGUGGUGUUGUCCAGUCAUUUGUUUCUGUUCAAGAAUACAAGAAAAGGAAUAAUUUGAAGUUAUACGAAGAUAUUUUCGAGAAGCCGUACUUGGAAACUUGUGGAGAGCGAUAUAAAGUGGAGGCAAGUCGUUUGCUCCAGGAAUGUAAUGUUGGUCAGUACCUCGAAAAUGUAUGGCAAAGGCUAGAAGAAGAACGCCAACGCUGCUCUAUGUUCCUGCAUGACAGUUCAUUGCCAAAAGUAAGAGCCAGGUUUGUACAGCACAUGGUAACUGACCAUUUGGCGUUCCUGCAUGGAGAGUGUCGAACGAUGGUGCAGCAAGAACAGUGCAAGAAUCUGAGAACAAUGUACUUACUUCUUCGACUUGUUGACAAUGGAAUAAGCGUGCUUGUGUCAGAGCUAUUGGAACACAUCAAGGCAAAAGGACUGGAAGCUGUAGCGGGACUGAAAGGAGAAAAUGUGUACAUGCAGUUCAUCGAGAACAGUUUAGCAGUAUAUGACAAGUAUAGAGGAAUAAUAAAUGAUGUAUUUGAUCAUGAUCAGAGUUUGCUUGGCUCUCUUGAUAAAGCAUGUUCAUUUGUCAUUAACCACAGGCAGGUACCUAAACAGCCUUGUCGAUCUCCAGAAAUGCUUGCCAAAUAUUGUGAUACAUUACUGAAAAAAUCUUCAAAAGGACUGUCAGAAUCUGAAAUGGAGGAAAAGCUUACAAAAUCUAUCAUAAUAUUUAAAUACAUUGAUGAUAAAGAUGUUUUCCAGAAAUUUUAUUCUAGAAUGUUAGCUAAACGACUGAUCCAUCAACAAAGUCAGUCUCUAGAUGCUGAGGAAGCUAUGAUCAACAAAUUGAAGCAAGCUUGUGGAUAUGAAUUCACUAAUAAACUUCAUAGGAUGUUUACUGAUAUAACUGUCUCAUCUGAUUUAAAUAAUAAAUUUUCUGAGUUUUUGAAGAAAGAUAGAACUGAAUUGGGGAUUCAUUUCUUCAUUCACGUUCUUCAGGCAGGUGCAUGGCCUUUAGGUCAGGCUGCUUUAACUCCAUUUUCUUUGCCCCUGGAACUGGAAAAGUCUGUACAAAUGUUUGAAAAUUUUUACUACAAUCACUUCAGUGGAAGAAAACUCACGUGGCUGCAUCAUCUGUGUCAAGGUGAAGUGAAGUUGAACUACUUGAAGAAACACUAUAUGAUCACUAUGCAGACAUUUCAGAUGGCAAUCUUGCUGCAGUUUGAAAAAUCAAACUCGUUGAGUUACUCUGAGUUGCAAGAAUCUACACAGCUGAACAGUGAGCAGUUUAGCAGGCAUAUUGCUAGUCUCGUGGAUUCCAAGCUGAUCACAUGUGAAAAUGAGGUGCCAGAUGAAACAAGUGUCUUCAGCCUUAAUCUAAACUAUAGCAACAAGCGUACAAAGUUGCGGAUAACUGCAGCUCUUCAGCGAGAAUCUCCACAAGAGGUGGAACAGACUCGCUCAUCAGUUGAUGAAGACCGUAAAUUAUAUCUUCAAGCAGCUGUUGUUCGAAUCAUGAAAAGUCGUAAGGUGCUAAAGCAUAAUGCACUCAUUCAAGAGAUUUUAAGUCAGUCUCAGGUCAGUUUCGCACCUACCAUCAACAUGAUCAAGAAAUCUAUAGAAUCAUUAAUAGAUAAGCAAUACAUUGAAAGAACACCUAAUUCAGCUGAUGAAUACAGUUAUGUGGCAUGAUGUAGGAUUUUUCUUUGGCACAAACAGUGCUGCAUCAAAUUCUGUACAGCAUUUUUUUCAAGUGUAUAAUAUAAAGUUGGGAAUUUCUUCAUCAAACUGGCUUCAUAAAUUCAGUUUUACUGAAGCAGUGUGUUGUUUCACUACUGUGAAGCUACAAUGAUUUUGUUUUCUAGUGACUGAUUGCUCUGUAUAUAUCGCCUACCAAUUAACAUUUCAUUGGUAAUUUUUUUAUAUGUGAAAUUCAAACUAUACAAAUUGUUUGAUUUUAAUAUUUGAGUGUUUUUGAGUUGUAAAUACUUAUUUGAUUUCUAUUGUAGUAAAGUAUUCACACAUUUUGUUCUAAAUAUUGUGCAUAAUUUUUAACCAAGUGUUUAAAUUUAUUGGUUACAAUCUCACAUCGAAGAAUAUUUUUGAGUGUUUUGACAUCAUUUAAAUAAUCAUAGUACAAAAUUGAAAGGUUCUGAAAUUUGUAAAUGAUUGUUAGCCACUAACAACACACAACGAAAAAAGGUGGUGCAAAGUUUUCAGAAAUUAUUAAUUUUCUGUGUUUAAAUUUGUAAUCGGGUCUUUCAAAAUUUCACAUGAAAAAAUUUUGCGAAUUCUGAUUUAACUUUGUUUAUUUGUAAAAAAUUUAUUAAAUUCCUACUUCAAAAUUAUAAUUUUCAUACAUAAUUAUAUAAAUAAUUACUUCAUUGAGAAGUUACCAAACACAAAUAAAUGUAUUGUCUUAUGUAUUUAUUUAAAUAAACUUAUACAUUAAUUUUUUUGGUUAUUUUUGCACUGAAAGUAGUUGUCUUACAUGCUAUCUUAAUUUUGUAUAUUUUUGGCAGCUAUGUUUUUAGCUGCUGAGUAAUAUUACAUACAUAAUAUAAAGCAGAUUUUUUAUCAGCACAAAUAAUUUUUCUCUCAACAUUUGGCUAAUUUUUUUUUUUUUUUUGUAUCACUGGAAACCUUACUUAGUGAUUUGAGUCAAAAGUGGUUGUUUUAAAUAGUGAACAUGCCAAAAUUUAUUGUGUAACAUUUGCUUACUGCUAAAGAUAUUUCAUGUAGUCACAAGAGGCAUUAAUAAUUAAUUAUAUGCCUUUAUCUUGAAGUUAUGCAGUAAUUUGGUCCAAGAAAAUAUAGCACAAAAUAGUGUAAGUAAAAAUGAUUCUAUUAAAUUAUAGACCAAUAAGAGUGUUACAGUAAAGCUUUUUUUAAUUGGAACCUGAAGGGACUGAGAGAUAAUUUGUAACUAACUAAAAGUUUGAAUAAACCAAAAUUGUUUUUAUGUCAUCAACUGUGUGCGGUAAAAUUUUACAAUUAAGAACCAUCAAUAUUUUCCCCUACCAAAUGUGUUAUUUUUUCUUACUAAGCAUACUGACACUGCACUGCGUAUUCUUGGUGGUCAAAAUAUUGUCCAGAGUACACUGGAAAAACAAUAAGUGCUAUUGUGUCCAGGUUAAAAAAAAAAAACAGAAAUGUAACAUUAACCUGAAGGUACAAACAUUCUGAAACAAAAAAUAAAACUUUACUAGCAGUCACACCACUACUCAUAGCUUGAGUUAUAAUCGGCUAGAUAAUGAAACUUGGUCAGGUUUAAAGUUUUUUUUUGCAAGAAGUUUCAUAUAAUAAAAUAAAUAAAUAAUACCUGACAAUUUUUUUCUAUUUUAAAUUUACAGAAAAAUAUGUUUUAAAGGAUCUUUUUUUUUUAAUAUGUAUUCUCAAACUUUCAAUGUGGGAUGAGAAUGGGAUCACAAUAAAAUAUAUAUUUUUAUGUUGUUUUUUUUUUAAAUUUAGGAUCACACUAGCCUUUGUGUUGGUACCAAAUGUGUCUAUAUGUGUGAGUUUGUGUGGAUGUGUUAUAACUUGAUUCCUACAGUGAGAGGUUUUAUGUGGGAUGUAGAGUGUAUACAGACUGGAUUGAGGGGAAAGCUUGUGGAAGAAAAACUCUGUACUGAUUAAAGAAUAAGCUUUACA